AUGCCGCUUCACGAAGAAGAGCAAGCCACAUCAUUGAUUGCAUCUGCCAAACAGCAGAUGAGCAAUGGCACAGCUGCCAAAAAGAAACGACGAAAGAAAAGGCGCCAGAACAAACGAGAGUACAGGGGCAUCUUUUCAUCCUCGAUAUGCGACAUGUUUACCUCUCCGGCACGUAGUAAAACCGAUGCUUGUGCACUCGCAUGUUGUGGCAUUUGGUUGUGGGAACGCAAUCAGUUCUUGUUGCAUGGCAAGCAUCCCAAAAAGUGGACCCAACGACCACUGGAAACCGCCCUCUUUUUGCUCUUGAUUGCCACUCUGGUCCUAGCCUCCAUCGAUUUGGAAUCCAAAGCUUUGAAGAUUUGCGUCAUCAUCAUUGUGGCCAUUGGUAUUUGGCGUUUGUUGGAAUUUGAAUAUUCACGAUCUAGGUUUCGCAAGGAACUGGCGGAAGAAGAGUUUCAUCGACAAAACUUGAUUCACAACAAUGCAACCGCGGAAGACGCCAUGGUGCUGGAGCCUGGGCACGCCCAGCGGCGAUUGUCACCCACGGCGACGGAACGAACUGAUAUUGGACAAGAAGAGCAUCUGAAACAAUUUCUGUCAUUGCACUGGAAUGAAAUCAAUCGGAGACAUAAUCUAUUGAACUGUGUGCGCAAUGACACCCAUGUGGUAGUAGACGACGAUAAUGAUGAAGAGUACGAGGACGAGGACGAGGAAUUUGAUGUAGACGAUGAAGAUAAUCGUGACUUUUGUCAACGACUUUGGAACUGCUUUGCCAAUGUGCUUUGCAAUACCUGUUGCAUGUGUUGGUGUGUUUGGUGUGGAAUGUGCGCCAUUGCCCAAGAACACCGACACUUGGCCAAAGUGCUGCCCAACACACCUUCCUUAUGGCAACGGGAUUACAUCACCAUGCAACCUUGGAGCGAGUACUUUCCAAGCAUUCUCGCAUUGAGAAACUCGGAAAAUAUGUCGUUUUGGGCCCAUUGCAAAGCACUCUCGGAAUUAUCGUCCAAACUUCUCAAGGCUUGUGGCAUCUUUUUACUAUUUGCCAUCCUCUUAACCAUGUUCUUGCCGGUCCAAUAUGAAAAGUGGCAACUUGGAAUCAUGUUUGGAGCUCUGGUCGAACCUAUCGCCAUUUUAUUCUUAACCUACUGGUACUGGAAUCGUCUCGAUGUAUCCUUGGAUGCCAUUGUCAAGUACUUUUCUUCUGGAUUCUUCCUCUGUACUAGCAUGGUAUUGGUAUACGAAUUCUUGGCGUCCAUGGUGGCGAGUUUUGCCGUGGUCACUUAUUCCUUUCUGGGAACCCUCAUGUUGGUGCUCUUUGGAGACGUGGAAAUUGAUAAUUUUGAAGAUGUCAACAUGGACGAGCAAUCCAUCUUUGAUGUUAUGGCGCCUCCAGAUAUGGGUGGAAACACAACAACCACAACAGCCACAGACGAAGCAGAAAAUACUUUGAAAUUACCUACCGCCUUUGUCUUGACCAUUGCUAUUUUGGGAGCACUCUUGAAUGCAUUUGGUGUCGCGGCAUUGGUGGAAGAAACUUUUAAAUAUCUUUCCUUCUGGAUGGUGGAGCACCCAGAUAUGGAAAACAAUGUGUCCUUGGUUCCCCUAUCCGCCGACGACGAACGCCACCAAGGAGAAAACGCAGGAUUGCUUUCCGCUGGUAGCCAACCAACGACUCACAGCAGUGUCGACCCCUCGGCUCAAUCAUCUUCCAAGCAUCCGAUUAGUCUCGAAUCUCGCGGUGCGGCUAUUACUGUGUCAAUGAUUGCGGUCGCUGCUGGGUUUGCAUGUGCCGAGAACUUGUUGUAUAUUUUUGUAUAUACAGAAAAUGACUUGGCCGCCGAAACCACAACUUUGAUAUUGCGGGCUCUCUUUCCAGUGCAUCCUCUCUGUGCAGCCAUUCAAUCCAUUGCCGUCGUCCAGCGGGACAUUGAAAAGGAUCGCUCGGUGGGAGUUGGUCGAAUCAUCUUUGCAGCCUUUCUGUUGCACGGAAGUUUUGAUUUCAUCCUCAUGGCGUAUGCUUCUGUUAUGCGAAUCUUGAAGGGAGACGAUGAAUCCGAUACUGACGAAGAGGCACAGACUUCCAUGGCGGAUUGGAUUGUCUUUGGUUGCUCGUUGCUGAUUCCAUUGAUGGGAUUGGAAUUCUACUUUUACUAUGCUCGAAAACAAACCAAGCGGCUUGUCGAUUUAGACACUGGAAGAGUUAGCAGCAGUCAACAAGUGGGUGAUGAACCACCAGAAGUUGUGUGA